AAAAAAAUUGACAAAAGUAAUUCAGUUCAUACUCGAUGGGAGCUUGAUAUAGGGUAACAGGAUUAUGUUUUAGGUAGAAGUGAUAAGAUUUGGUUUAUUGAAUGUGGGCUACCCUGUGAGGCAAAAGGAAUUAAGGAUAAUUCCUACAUGAAACAUAGAGAGUUCCUUUGGAAUUCCAAGAGUACCGAUUUUACUUUGUGUUUACAGUAAGGAUUCUUUACAUAUACAUUUUAUUAAUCAGUUGGGGAUUUUUUUCAGUAAAUAUAUGUUGAUCAUUUUCUGUGUGUCAGAUCUAACAUUCGUGGGUAGGGGUGCAUUGAUAAACACCACCCUGAUUGACACAGGGCUUUCAUGGUAGGAGGGGAAACAUUAAAGGAUUAGACAAUUGAUAUUUGUAUUAGAAUCGGGUAACUAGUAAAGAGGAAAAAUGGAUGAGGAUUAAGGAAGACUUCCGUGAGCAAAUUAUCAUUACUGGGAGGUUACAUUGGAUUUAGCCAGAAAAAUAAGAUUUUAUUUCAAAUUAAUUGCAGAUUUUUGUUGCCAGACAAACAUGUAUAAGGCUUUAGGGAAGAAGUAGAAAGGUGAAACCCAGCCCAGUGUUGCUGGUGAAUAGUUGACGGUAAUGAGUGUGCACUGGCUUACCAACCAUGGCUGGAUAUUGUGAGGAUAAACCAGUGGAUUUUAAACAUCCUACGAGGCACAGAACGACCUUCCAGAAUGAAAAAAUUGUCCAGCCAAGGUUGAGAAGUUCUGGUUCAAAUGAAGUGUAACUUAGACAUGCCACUCUAGGUUACUGGCAAUUAAAGGAUAAAAUUAAGGAUUGUAUUUACAGAAUCAUAGUAACUAUAGAUAGCAGGUGUGUAAUGAUUAUUUUCUUCCCAUCCAUAUUUAUGGAGAUUUGGAGCCCUGUAAGCUGUGACUAAUUAAUAAUCAGGAUUGAUCAUCUGAAUUUACUAAACUCUCGUUCUGACUUUUUUAAGCUAGUAGUUCACAUUAUCAGCUGUUCUAUGUGGUUCUGUCUUGUUCUCUACAUGAGAGGUCAAAACUGGUAGUUCCUCUAAUGACUAUGACCUGCGGACACAUAUUUUGUUUGGUAUGCAAUGUUUUGUUAAAAUUAAAUGUACCAGUUAAGUAGGAUUUGCCGCAAAAAUCCACACUUCUGGCUUCUCUUGAAUAACUAAGAAGAUACAGUAGCACUUGGUCUGAAUUUUCCCAUGGCAAGAAAACACCCCAUUGGUUGUGCUCCCUUUUUACUCUGGACCUGUUCUCUGGUUUCAAGACUCACCACUUCUCAUACUGAAUUACACGCAUACUCCCAGUCUCAUUUGUGGUGCUUGUGUUGUUCAUUCCUUCCCUUCACGAACAAGGGUGAUUUGAAGUUCUUUGUGUGACCCAGAUCUUGAUACAGCUCCUUUUGUCGGAGUGGCACUAAGCUCAAGUGAAAGCAUUGACUUGAAGACCAGCAGAGAACAAGAUGGUGUUCUGUUUGAAGACCUGCACAAUGUGUCUGAGAAGACGGGGGAAGGUGAGAUGGAGGAGGAGGAGGAGGAGGAGGAGGAGGAGGAGGAGGAGUCCGAUGAUGAUGACGACUGGGACUGGGAUGAUGGAGUUGGGAGGCUCACCAAGAGUUGCAUCUCAAAUGCAAGGAGUAACUCCCAGGCAAAUCGACAGACUUCCAACUGCAAUUCAGCCAAAAUGUCUACUCCAGCAGACAAGGUCUUACGGAAAUUUGAGAAUAAAAUUAAUUUAGAUAAGCUAAAUGUUACUGAUUCUGUCAUAAAUAAAGUCACUGAAAAGUCUAGACAAAAGGAAGCAGAUAUGUAUCGCAUCAAAGAUAAGGCGGACAGAGCAACUGUGGAACAGGUGUUGGAUCCUAGAACACGAAUGAUAUUAUUCAAGAUGUUGACUAGAGGAAUCAUAUCUGAGAUAAAUGGCUGCAUAAGCACAGGAAAAGAAGCGAAUGUGUACCAUGCUAGCACAGCAAACGGAGAGAGCAGAGCAAUCAAAAUUUACAAAACUUCUAUUUUGGUGUUCAAAGAUCGGGAUAAGUAUGUAAGUGGGGAAUUCAGAUUUCGUCAUGGCUAUUGUAAAGGAAACCCCAGAAAAAUGGUGAAAACCUGGGCAGAAAAAGAAAUGAGAAACUUAAUCAGGCUGAACACAGCGCAGAUCCCAUGCCCAGAACCUAUCCUGCUGAGAAGUCAUGUUCUUGUCAUGGGCUUCAUUGGUAAAGAUGACAUGCCAGCGCCACUGUUGAAAAACGUCCAGUUAUCAGAAUCCAAGGCUCGGGAGUUAUAUCUACAGCUCAUCCAGUAUAUGAGAAGAAUGUAUCAAGAUGCCAGACUCGUCCACGCAGAUCUCAGUGAAUUUAACAUGCUGUACCAUAGCGGAGGUGUGUACAUCAUUGACGUUUCUCAGUCCGUAGAGCAUGACCACCCACAUGCCUUGGAGUUCUUAAGAAAGGACUGUGCCAACGUCAACGAUUUCUUUCUGAAGCAUGGUGUUGCCGUGAUGACUGUGCGGGAACUCUUUGAAUUUGUCACAGAUCCGUCCAUCACACAUGAGAACAUGGACGCUUACCUCUCAAAGGCCAUGGAAAUAGCAUCUCAAAGGACCAAGGAAGAACGGUCCAGCCAAGAGCAUGUGGAUGAAGAGGUGUUUAAGCGAGCAUAUAUUCCUAGAACCUUGAAUGAAGUAAAGAAUUAUGAAAGGGAUAUGGAUAUCAUGAUGAAAUUGAAGGAAGAGGACAUGGCCAUGAAUGCCCAACAAGACAAUAUUCUGUACCAGACGGUUACAGGAUUGAAGAAAGAUCUGUCUGGAGUUCAGAAGGUCCCUGCCCUUCUAGACAAUCAGGCUAAGGGAGAGGCUUGUUCCGAUUCAGAAGAUGCUAGAAGCUCUGAGUGUUCUGACACAGAGGCUGAAGAGCAGGAAGACCAGGCCUGCUCCAGGAAACCCAAUGUUGACACCGAAGUUGAUAAAAAGGAAAGAAAAAAGAUGGUCAAGGAAGCCCAGAGAGAGAAAAGAAAAAACAAAAUUCCAAAGCAUGUGAAAAAAAGAAAGGAGAAGACAGCCAAGAUGAAAAAGGGCAAAUAGAACGAGAACUCGAGACAUAGAAUAAUCUUCCAUCAGUCGCUUUUCCUGCCCGCACGAUGAGCUGCGUCUGGAAGGGGUUCUCACGGCGGUGUCGUGAAGACGGGGUCACGUGUUCUCAUGUAAUCACGUAACAAGCUCUAAGCUCUCCUCUCUAGAGCCUCUCACUGCCUCCGGGUGGUACUGACAGGAUUUAUUUAAACUACUGUUUUAAUGAAGAGCUUUAUAUAAUUUUAUUUUUAUAUGUAUUUUUUUCUCCUGCAAUAUGUUUUUGGAAGCCUCAUGAAUGUUUAAAUGUGAGCAGCAUCCGUAGUCUAAACGUAAAUGUCAAGGCACUCUGGACAGACUUGGACAGAUCGUUUCGCUUUGCUCGUACCUACCAGGGACCCAUCUGAAAUCCUCUGAUCCCAGGGCUACAGUUUCUAUAGAAGAGAGUUUCGCCUGUAAGAGGAUUCAGUUGGCUCUUGAUGUCAUCAUCCACUGGGACUCUGUGCUGUUGCUCGUUUGGGAUGCCCUUACUCAUCGCCUUUAUUACUCUCUUGAGUGAAGACAUCGCAGUACAUGAGCUGUUUCACAUCGGCUCUUUGGCCUGUUUGCUCAUUCAUCGAAUAUUUGAGUGUUUUAGGAGCUAGGGAUACAGCAGGAAACAAACUGAAAAAUUACCACCUUCAGGUACUUUACAUUUUGAAAGCAAGACAUUCAACAGAUAAGUAAAAAAGACAAUAUCAGUAGGGGUUAAAUUCUGUGGUGAGAAAUAAUGCUGAACAGAGCGAAUGCUGGGGAGGUGGGAGUUUGCAGUUGAAAAACAGGCCGCACCGAGCAGCUACAUUCGAGCAAAUACUUGGAGAACGUGAGUCAUGUGCUUGUCAGGAGAGAGGAUUGUUCCGGGCCAAGCAAACAAGUGUGAAGCCCCCAAGGCAGAAGUGUGCCUGAAAUGUUCCAGAAACAAGAGAUUCCCGUAACUGAGAAAGAGAUCAGGUGGUGCGAGGCUCUUAGAGGGUUUCGAGCAGAGGAAUGAUAUGCUCUGACUUGUGUUUUGGAAGGCUCUUGCUCUCUGGCCUUGGUGGGGGCCUGAGUCGGAAGUGAGGGUGGGAGACUGGUCGGUUACUAUAGUAACGCACGUGCGAGCUGGCGAUGGCUCCGUUGUCAGGGUAGCAGGGACAUGAUUCUAGGUAGCAGGGGCGUGAUUCUAGGUUUAACAGAGUGGAGUGAACUGGAUGCGCUAAGGGAAUAUGGGAGGCAUAUGACUGAGGGACGGUGUCAGGGUUUAUGACCCACGCGACUGCGAGACUACCGCAGUUGUCACUUCCGGUGCUGGGAAGCUAUGUGGCUGGGGCAGGAUUGGUGGUAAGCUUCCAUUGCAGCAGAGCACGGAAGUCCAAAGAAAUGAUCAACUUUUAAUUUUUCUUAUCGUAUAUUUCCUAUUGGAAAUGUCUACUUUAGCCCUUGCAUCAGAAACAAUUGCUACAAAUAAAUUGAGUUUCCCUGAAACUGAA